GGAAGCUGUCAGCGCCAGGGCCCUGGGGAGGGCUGAGGCCGACCAUGCCCAGCCUGCUGCUGCUGUUCACUGCUGCUCUGCUCUCCAGCUGGGCCCAGCUCCUGGCAGACGCCAGCUCCUGGUGGUCUUUAGCCAUGAGCCCGGUGCAGAGACCUGAGAUGUUUAUCAUUGGUGCUCAGCCUGUGUGCAGUCAGCUUCCCGGGCUCUCCCCUGGCCAGAGAAAGCUGUGCCAGCUGUACCAGGAGCACAUGGCCUACAUCGGAGAGGGAGCCAAGAUGGGCAUCAAGGAGUGCCAGUACCAGUUCCGGCAGAGGCGGUGGAAUUGCAGCACAGUGGACAACUCGUCCGUCUUUGGGAGAGUCAUGCAGAUAGGCAGCCGUGAGACGGCCUUCACCUACGCCGUGAGCGCCGCGGGGGUGGUGAACGCCAUCAGCCGGGCCUGCCGAGAGGGCGAGCUGUCCACCUGUGGCUGCAGCCGGACAGCGCGGCCCAAGGACCUGCCCCGGGACUGGCUGUGGGGUGGCUGCGGGGACAACGUGGAAUACGGCUACCGCUUUGCUAAGGAGUUUGUGGACGCCCGGGAGCGGGAGAAGAACUUCGCCAAGGGAUCGGAGGAGCAGGGCCGGGUGCUCAUGAACCUGCAGAACAACGAGGCAGGCAGAAGGGCUGUGUACAAGAUGGCAGACGUAGCCUGCAAGUGCCACGGCGUCUCCGGCUCCUGCAGCCUCAAGACGUGCUGGCUGCAGCUGGCCGAGUUCCGCAAGGUGGGGGACCAGCUGAAGGAGAAGUACGACAGCGCAGCUGCCAUGCGCAUCACCCGCAAGGGCAAGCUGGAGCUGGUCAACAGCCGCUUCAACCAGCCCACGCCCGAGGACCUGGUCUACGUGGACCCCAGCCCUGACUACUGCCUGCGCAACGAGACCACGGGCUCGCUGGGCACGCAGGGCCGCAUCUGCAACAAGACCUCGGAGGGCAUGGACGGCUGUGAGCUCAUGUGCUGCGGCCGCGGCUACGACCAGUUCAAGAGCGUGCAGGUGGAGCGCUGCCACUGCAAGUUCCACUGGUGCUGCUUUGUCAAGUGCAAGAAGUGCACGGAGAUCGUGGACCAGUACGUCUGCAAAUAGCUGGGGCGGGCGGCCCGCGCCUCCCGCCACUCCCCGCCACGCUGCCUCUCCAAAGUCUAUAUUAUAUAAAUCUAUAUAAAUAUAUUUUAUAUUUGUAUAAAUAAGUGGAUGGCUGAUAAAUA